AUUAUAUAUUUUUAGAUCAGUAGCUACAAGACUGAUCUUUGUGGCUUUCCGUAGUGUGGGUGUAAACAGGAAGUGGAACUACAAUCUAACGGCGGUAACGACAAAAGACUACGGUUGAUGGCUCUCCCGACCCUCUCCACCUACGUGCCCUACCGGCAACGGGCGCUCGGGAUCCAGCUUGCCUGGAAGAGGGAGCAGCAAUUCCGCAGGCGGGAGCAGUUGGCCCUCAACGCCAAGUACUUCAGGGAGCAGAGCUUCCGCAACCACUUCCACUCCGAGUGGACGUCGCGCCACUACUUCGAGCAGAGCAUGUCAGCGUAUUGUAAACAGAAAUUGGAGGACGACAAAAUGAACACGUUAGAGGAACGCAAGCUACGUCUCAAGCAAAUGCUGGACGAGGAGCAAAAGCAGCUGGACGCGGAGCUCAAGCGUCUUCGACCUCACGGCGGCGGACUGCCGAAGAAAGCGGACGUGCAACACGCAUUGAAAGAGGAGAGGAGAAAAAAGCUGGCACAGGAGCUUUUGAAGGAGCACCGGAAGAGGAACAACGUCGAAUCGCAACAGCAUGCGACCGCCUCGCAUCAAAGUCAUCUUGGCAACCAAAAUCAAGGACAAAUAUCGGAAAAGCAAGAAGUCGAGGCGCACGAGUCGCGUCGCUUUCAAAACGGAUGCGAGAGGAGCCGAAAAGAAGACCUGGAUGAGAUCAAGCAGGCAGAGGAAAGCAGGAUGGCCGAAGAGAGUGACAGAGCACAAAAGGUUCACAAACAAAUGGAAGAACUGAAGCUGAUGGAAGAAGAGGCGACUCAUCUGAAGAAGGAGGAAGACGUUUUGCAGGUCAAUCUGUGGGAGCUGGACAAGAUGGAGGCGGAGAGGAGAAACUGCGAGGAAAGACGCAAGAAGGCUGAAAUGCGGCAUUUCCUGGUCCGACAGUAUCGAGCCCAGCUAAGGAGGAGAGCGCAGCUGGUUCAGGAGGAACUUGAGUCAGACCACAAGAUCCUGGUAGCCUUGCUGAAAGGGGAGCAAGAGGAGGUCAGGAAGGAAAGGGCGCCAAGAGAAAGGGCCUUCGCCGACGCCGCCUGGAUGAGCCGCGUCAUCGAGGAGCAGCUCCGGCUGGAGAGAGAACGCGAGGCCGAGUUGGACUUCCUGCACAGAGAGGAUGCCCAACGUGUGUGGGAUAACCGACAAGAAACUUGGGAGAGGGAGAGAAAAGCCAGAGAACUACUCAUGCACGAGGUGCUCGUGGGACGGCGACAGAAGCUGGAGCUGAGAAUGCAGAAAAAUCGCGAGGCUCAAUUGGAGUCCCUGAGGAGACGAGAGGAGCUGAUCCAAGAACUGGAGAAGGAGAAAGAGCUCAGACGCCGGGAGAAGGAGGAGGAGCAGAGCCGGAGAGCGCAACAGGUGGAGCAGGAGCUCCAAGAGCAGUGCAGGAUUGAGGAACUGCAGGAGGAGGAGAUGAAUGCUCACCUCAGUCAGGAGGAGGCGCUAAAGCGCAGUAUUCUCAAUCGGGCUUACCAGGCGCAGAUAAACAGCAAGCCUCGAGUAGUAUGGACAUGAACUUAUUUAAAUGACCUUUGUUGCCUUACGUAAAAAGUCCUGUGUGCCAUCUUUGUGAUCUAUGUUUUUAAAAAUAUAUUUUGAAUCCUCUAUUUGUAGAAGUUUUUCAAUAAACUGUCCCGUGAAAUUCA